GAAUUACACUGGCAUUGUGCCUAUCGACGGAAGCUUCUUGGUCUGAAGAGAUGGAGCUUGGUCCUUAGUUUUUGACCCCUGGAUUUAUGUGCCCAGUGCGCGGAACAUAUAACAGAAAACCCAAGAACAAACGGCCGUGGAGGUACUAUAUCAUAGCGUUGCUUUUCUCUCCUCCUUUCCAAGCGAUUCAUGUAUCCGCCUCUCUUCUCUAUUAUCAAGGCAGUAAUGGAGCGUUCAAGCGGUGUAAGGUGAUGCAAUUCGAUUAUAUCUGGUGUGAAAUAGUUAUCAUGAUUGGCUAUAGUGCCGGGCUGCCUACUUCAAAAUGAAGAAGUUUUCGAGCCUUAAUUUGCAUUUUAGCAUGACUCCCAUGAUCCUUCACUCUGCACUGCCAUGGACACCUCAAGGAGGGGGUCAUGGAAUGAAUUUACGUCAGGUGUUUCCAGC